CGAUAGAUUAAACAAAUCUUUAUCUACUGCAAUUAGAACAAAACAGAUGUAAUUCACGCCUUUGGCGAUUCAAUAAGGAAUAAAAGAAGAAAAAGGCGAGCGUAACAUUAAUAUUUCACGUCGGGUUUUCAUCUCCUAAACGUCAUACAUGUUCGUACAACGCGUAUGUGAAGCGAACGCGAUGAAUUCGAUGCGCUUUAGCGCGUAACGUCGGAGCAAUGGCCAGCCCGAGCAAUAUCUUUGUUGAUUGAUAUGUGCUACGGUGUGGAUUAUCGGGAGUUCGUACGGGAGUUGCUGUCCAAGGCGGUACCUGCAAUCUCACGACUUCCGCUUUGAUAAUAUUUUAUCGCCACGCGUAUCGGGGCGCGAUGAUAACUGCGUAGGUGAGUCUUUGGUUAGCUCGUGCAGACUGCCGACAGAUGGUCUACGAGAAUUCUCCUCUUCGUUGAGCUUGCAGUGUCGUGUUUGACUUGGCGAGUGAACUUUUUGAAUUAUGUAUGCGAAUACGAGUUGCAUUUACAAGAAUACCUUUUCUUGUGAGGAUUGACAAAGCGAAAAAUCGAACGCGUGUCGAACAGCUCUCUCUCUCUUUCUUUCUCUUCGGAGGAGCAACAUGGGAGAUCAACAGCAACAGCAGCAGCAGCAGCAGCUGAAUAAUCUAAUCAAAUGGUUGGACACGUUUGACCUUCAAGCGCCGCACAACUCCGCAGAGGAUAUAAGCGACGGGGUUGCGUUGGCGGAGGCCUUAGCCCAAAUCGCGCCUGAAUGGUUCACGGCAGUGUGGAAGGCUAAGAUCAAGACCGAUGUGGCUGCCAAUUGGCGUCUGAGGGUAAGCAACAUGAAGAAGAUCGUGGAGGCUGUGAUGGAGUAUUAUGUGGAGUGCUUGAAUCAGCAGCUGUCUGGUUACAUCAAGCCAGACGCAACCAAGAUUGGUGAACAUUGCGACACUGAUGAGCUACGCCGUUUGCUGCAGCUAAUUCUAGGCUGCGCUGUGAAUUGCGACCAAAAGCAGCAGUAUAUUACCAGGAUAAUGGGUAUGGAGGAGACUGUGCAGCAGGCAAUAAUGCAGAGCAUUCAGGAGUUGGAGAGCAGUGUCCACGGUCCUAGAUUGAGCUUAGGCACUAGUCUGAACUUUGAGACUAUGGAUGUGGCUGAUGGUAUCCAGCAGAGACUGUAUGCUGAGCUACAGGCAGCGGUGGAUAUGAAGGAUCAGCUGGCGCAGCGGUGCCACGAACUCGAUCAGCAGUUGUCGCUGUUGCAGGAGGAGAAAGCUGCGCUGAUGGUGGAGAACAAGAAGCUACAAGAACGACUGGACGAAUUUGAGAAUCCAGAGGAGUCUGGCUCUAUCCUCAAGUAUUCUGGUCUGCGCAAGCAGGCAGAGGCACUCAAGGACGAGCUAUUUAAGGUAGAGACAUCCAGGGAUGAUUACAGAUUGAAAGUAGAACUGCUAGAGAAGGAAGUAUUGGAACUGCAGUCCAGGCAAGAAGAUCUGCAGAAGGCUGCUGAUGAAGCCAAUCAUUUGAAGGAUGAGGUGGACGCCUUGAGAGAGACCGUCGACAAAGUGGCCAAGUAUGAGCUCACGAUAGAGUCGUACAAGAAGAAGAUGGAGGACAUGGGUGACUUAAAGAGGCAGGUGAAGAUAUUGGAGGAUAAGAACCUUGAGUAUCUGCAAGCCAAGUUAGAUUACGAGGAGGAGACGAAGCGCACGACGAUGCUGCGGAACCACUUCGAAGCCUGCAAGCAGCAGCUCACGGAGACUCAGCACAAGCUGGACGAGAUGAGCGGCAAGUAUGACCGGCUGGUGUGUGACGACAAAAAGAGGGAGGCGAGGAUGAACACUCUACAACGCGAGAGGGACCGAUUGGUCAUUGAGAGAGACGCGCUGAGGGAGACGAACGAGGAGCUCAAGUGCGCUCAGCUGCAAGCCGCCGAGAACAUGGCGAAACCCAGCAACGUCGACAGCAACAGCGUCGCCGGUACGGAGAUGAUCCCAUUAGAAGUGAAGGAGAAGCUGCUGUGCUUGCAGCUGGAGAACAAGAUGCUAAAGGCGCGGCAGAAGGGCAACGAGGAGAAGCUGCCGAGCGUGCAGGCGUUGCUCGACGACUCGGAGGAGCGUCUGAACGCGUUGCGAGAACAGAACCGCAAGGCGAAUCAGAGGAUAAUGGAGCUGGAGGGCAAGUUGGAAGAGAUCAGCGGCGCGACGCAGUCAUCCAACGGCGACAGCAAGAGCGACGCCACGGGUCUCGGGCAAAAGCUCGCGCAGCUGAAGGACGAGCUGCGAAAGGCGCAAGCGGAGAGGGAGCGGUUGACACUACAGCUCGAGGAGCGUGAGGCCGCUCUGCAGGUGCAGAGGCAGAAGGCAAUGGCCCUUCAGGAAAAGCUGACCCGCAAGGAGUACGAGGACGCAGCGCGCGAGGAGAACUACAAGAAGAACGUCGAGAAGGCCAAGAGCGUCAUCAAGAGCUUAGAGUCUUCCAAGCACAGCCAUUCCCCGAACGAGGCUGUGCUGCGCAGCCAGUUGCUAGAGCAACGCAAGAUGAUGGAGGAAAUGGAGCGCACCGUGAAGGAAACCAAGUUGCUGCGGGAGUUGGAGGAGAAG